GAACGCCAAAAACAAAUUAGCACAAAAAUGCACACUAAACCUCAGUUAAUUUUGUUUAUCCAAAAGAAAAACUAAAUAAAGAUCGUUUAAAAGCGCAGAAAUGAUGCAACGCAACAACAAAGACAUGGAAUCCUUACUUCCAGCGCCAAAAAAGAAACUACGGUUUCGUGGCGAAACAAAUUUCCAGAAUCGCAUAGACGAAUUCAGUGGAGCCCAUGAGGAGUUAGACACCGACAACAAUCAUGCGAUUAAUUCUCAAGCGCUGAUUAAUGAAUCGAAUAAAAAGAGAAAGCAAGGAGGAGAAUUCCCUUCGUUUAUGGAUUUUUUCAAGGUGGAAUUGACAAGGGGUUAUCUGCUGGAACAUGAUGAAGAACGUUAUACCGCAAGGCGUAAAAAAAUUUAUUCAUUCAUGCGAAUACCACGUGAUUUGGAACGUUUCAUGGUUUACGGUAUCAUGCAGUGUGCUGAUUCGUUUUUAUAUAUACAUACCUUUCUGCCGGUGCGUUUCACUUUGGCUGCAUGGGCUUUGCUAACCCGUCCAAUAGCUAACUGCUUAGGUUUAAGAAGGCGUACACAACUUUUGACUCCGGCAGAGAUAUGCGAUCUAUUGAAAUGUGCUAUAUGGUUAACGGUAACCUUAUUAAUGCUCUCAGUGGACACGAAUCGAGUCUAUCAUAUUAUCAAAUCGCAAUCGAUUAUCAAAUUAUACAUUUUCUACAAUAUGUUGGAAGUCGGUGAUCGUUUAUUGUCCGCCUUUGGUCAAGAUACUAUAGAUGCUUUAUUUUGGACAGCUACGGAGCCGAAAAACUCAAAAAGAGAACAUUUCGGCUUAAUUACUCACAUAAUAUUUGCUUUGAUUUACGUGGGACUGCAUAGUUUUUUAAUAAUGUUUCAGGCCACUACCUUGAAUGUAGCGGUGAAUUCGAAUAAUAAGGGCUUGCUCACCAUUAUGAUGAGCAACAACUUUGUCGAGCUUAAAGGUUCAGUAUUCAAAAAAUUCGAUAAGAAUAAUUUGUUCCAGCUAACUUGCAGCGAUGUGCGUGAACGUUUCCACUUAUCUGUUUUACUUUUUAUUGUGAUGAUUCAAACAAUGAAGGAAUUCGACUGGAGUUUCACGCAAUUCUGCGUUAUGCUUCCCGAUUGUUUUGCAGUCUUAAUUACCGAAAUUCUCAUAGACUGGAUUAAACACGCGUUUAUAACGCGAUUUAACGAAUUGCCUGAGUACAUUUAUCGAGAAUACACUACCAGUUUGGCAUAUGAUAUGACGCAGACACGACAGAAGCAUGCAUUUUCAGAUCAUUCCGAUCUUGUAGCGCGACGCAUGGGUUUUAUCCCUUUCCCAUUGGGUGUAGUAUUAAUUAAAGCGAUUUAUUCGGCUGUUUCGUUUAAAAAUUGCGCAGCUUGGAUUCUAUUUGCUUUGGCUUUUGGUUUUGUCUUGGGUUUACGUAUCUGUUUGACAAUUUGUGCUUUGGGUAAGGCAUGCAAAUUGAUGAAGGAACAUCAAGAUGAAAAGUGCAACAGCUCUACUCCAAGCUCUACGACAGCAGGUACGGGUACGGCAUCGGUUGGACCGGAUAAAUUAAAUUUUUUCGGCGUAACUACUUUACCAUCUUCGCCAUCAAUAAGUCGCAAACGUUUAGAUGGUGCUACAUCACCCAUACAUCCCGCCUAUAAUAUUCCUUUACAACGUUCCAUAACAAUCGGUCCUAGUGAAACAUUGAAUUUAACCCCUAGUAUUACUUCGACUCCGAAAGAAAAAAAAAAUGCAACUAGUUUUCUCGUAAAUUCUAAAGAAGUAACAAAUGGUAAUUCAAUCGGUGCCAACUCUUCGAACGCCACCACUCACAUUACGCACAACGAUCUGGAAUUGGAUGUGAAGAGCUCUUUAGAGCUGGGAGCUACUGCUUUGUUUUCCAAUAGCGAUGUCGAUUUGGACGACGUUCGUCUUAAUGAACAUGUCUUAGAAGCGAAUCCUACGAAUACAGGAAGCUUUGCAGAUGAGGAGAAUAUAUAUCGUAGCGAACCGGAUUUGCAACAGAACACUUCCGCUUCCGUUGUAAACGAUAAUCAAAGGGACGAAGAUACGCAUAACAAUCCUAAAGGAGCUACUAGACGUUCCCAUAAGCGUUCCGAAUCGGAACCCAGUAUAGCAAAUCUUGUUGGGGUUGCUGAUGCUAAUGAAUCACAUGCGUAGUUUUUCGAGCCUAUUAUACUAUAUAAAAUACAUUUUCAAAGACAAAGUUUUUCGAACGAUUUUUUUUUGGUUUAUAUGCAAAGUUUUCUAAG